AGUAUAAAACAAUUCCCUAGCAAGCGGAGCUCCAGACAUAAGCUGCUCGGGUUGCCUGCCACAUCGGACUACCCGACUGACUUUGUAGUGUCAGCAUAAAAUCUCCGUAACUCCAUCGAAUAUACCCGAAAUGCCACGCCCAGUUCUGCUUAUCCACGGGGGAGCCGGAGACAUAUCGGACUCCAGAAUCGCUGGAAAGUUCGCGGGCAUAAAGCAGGCUCUCCGCUCCGCAUGGGGCCAAUUGAGUCCGGACAAUGGCAAAGAAGGCAGUGCCCUGGACGCCGUGGAGGCGGCGGUACGCAGCAUGGAGCUGGACGAGAACUUCAAUGCCGGCUACGGAUCCUGCCUGAACACCAGUGGCCAGGUGGAGAUGGAGGCCAGCCUGAUGGAGGGCCGGGAUUUGCGAGCCGGCUGCAUAACCCUGCUGCGCGACGUGAUGCAUCCUAUCACAGUGGCCCGUCGCCUGAUGGAGAAGCAGCGGCACACCUUUCUUGGCGGCGCAGCGGCCCAGGAACUGGCCCUGGCCACGGGCAGCGAGCGACUGCAGCCGGGGGCACUGGUCACCGAGGGAGCACGCUUCACGUUGAAGGAGUUCCAGGAUGAGAUGGCCCAGGGCAAGGAUCCCUUCUUUGCGCGCACAGAACUGGCCGAGGACAAGCCGACACCGAAAACGGAUCCCAGUGGCGAGACGGUCGGAGCGGUGGCCAUGGACGCAUCGGGCCAGAUUGUGGUGGGCACCUCCACCGGCGGCAUCACCGGCAAAUGGCCGGGUCGCAUUGGGGACACACCCAUUCUGGGCAGCGGCACCUAUGCGGAUAACUACCGUGGAGGCGUCUCCACCACUGGACAUGGCGAGACCAUCAUGCGUUACAAUCUCGCCCAGCGCAUACUGGCCGCCAUGGAGUACCAGGGAUUGUCCGCCCAGGCAGCCGCCGACAGGGAGUGCCGCGAGAUGACCAAGCGGCUGGGUGGCACUGGUGGCGCCAUCGUUGUUGGCCACUCCGGCGAUCUGGGCAUCAGUUUCACAUCGCGUCGCAUGGCGUGGGGAUAUGUCCAGGAUGGCACCAUCUUUUACGGCAUCGAGGGUCAGGUGGUGCACCAGGAGCCGUUCACAGUUGCCACGUAACUAAACUCGGAAAACCUAUUACGGAUUUGUAAAAUAUCCCAGCAGCCUAGCUAACAAAUUAAAGGUCCUUUUAAAUGUAAGAAACAAUGCAUAAAUAAAUUAAAUAAGUUUUA